UAGUGAGACCCAUAAUUCUUGUAAGAAGAGGAUUACAUUCAACAAUUGUCCUCAUUCCACGUGCCUUCGGAUUAACUAAGUCAAAUGGAAAAACUUGCACCAAUUACGUGCUCACAUGCCUGUGUUCAUCCAGCGCAACAGAAUUUUGUAGCAAUUAAUUCUUUCAUGUCUUAGCAACAGCACUCUAUAUAACUCUGCUAGCCACUCUGGUUUUCCAUUCAUUCUUCAUAACCUCACAGCCAUUUUCAGUUCUAGAUUAACCACUAAACCUCGUUGAUCUCUUUGAGCUGUAAACAAUGAAGCUUGAAGUCCAAGUUAUCUCGGAGGACACUGUCAAACCUUCAUCUCCAACCCCUCAACAUCUCCACCACUACCAGCUUUCCUUCCUUGAUCAACUUCAACCUCUAGUUUUCAUGCCCCUGGUUUUCUACUACCCAAAUUACAGUGAAGCUAAUCUCAGCAGUGUAGAACAAAGUGACAGGAUUAAGAAAUCCUUAGCAGAUGCUUUAACCCGAUUCCACAUGCUAGCGGGACGGGUUAAGGACAAUCUUUGUAUAGAUUGCAACGAUGAGGGCGUCCACUACGUGGAAGCCAAGGUUAAGUGCAGUCUUUCCGAAUUUCUUGUGAGUCCAACCCCUUGUGAGCUCAAUAAGUUUCUGCCACUUGAAUUGGACGAGGUCAAUGAGUUACCCACAGCAAUCCAAGUCACCUUCUUCAACUGUGGUGGUCUUGCGAUUGGUAUACUCAUGUCCCACAGAAUUAUAGAUGCCUUAUCUUUCAUCUUGUUUCUCAAGAGUUGGUCCGCUAUUGCUCGUGGUGAUGGCAACAUAGUGAGUCCUCCAAUGGAUUCUGCCAAGCUAUUCCCACCACAAGAUUUAUCUGGCUUCAAUCCGAAUAUUGGGAUCAAAAAGGAUAAAAUUGUGACAAAAAGGUUUGUCUUUGAUGCAUCGGCUAUAGCAGAAAUUAGAGGCAAAUACAGUUCUGACGACAAGAGCAUUGAAUAUUCACGUCCGACGCGCGUUGAGGCCUUAUCCGCUUUCAUAUGGAGCCGCUUCAUGGCUGCUACUCAACCAAAACCAGACCCAAAUAAGAUCUACAGUAUUAUUCAUGCUGUGAACUUGCGAACCAAGACAGACCCGCCCCUUCCAUAUGAUUACUUUGGUAAUAUUUGCCGGAUUGCUCUGUCAGUACCAUCCAGAGACAUCGAGGAGGGCUUUCAUGGCAUUAUUAAACCAAUAAGAGAAGCGCUUAAGAAAAUCGAUGGGAAUUUUGUUAAAAUGCUCCAACAAGGUGAUUUGUACUUAAAAUAUGUCAAAGAGAACUCCUCUAGCUUCCUAAAAGGGGAGCUGCUUACGCUUUCCUUCACCAGCUUGUGCAAGUUUCCUCUAUAUGAGGUUGAUUUUGGGUGGGGGAAACCUGCAUGGGUUAGCUCAUCUAAAUUAACGUUCAAGAAUUUAAUUGGUUUCAUUGACACUAAAUCGGGGGAUGGAAUAGAGGCAUGGUUUAACUUGAAAGAGGAAGAUAUGGCUAAAUUAGAAACCGAUAAGGAGCUCCUUGCCUAUGUUUCUCCAUUGAAUCUCGUCUAGGCAAAAACGGCUUCUACUGUUCUUUUCUUUUCUGUUAUUUGUUUUCCUCAUUGAAUUUCAGUUUGAAAGUGUAAAAAUAAAUAUUUCUCAUGUUCUCACAUUUAUCUCAAGUUUGACACUCAUCUUA